AUGUCCAUCGAAAAUCUCAAGACCUACGACCCCUUCGCCGAAGCCGACGAGGACACCGGAGAAACCAAGCAGACGCAGAAUUACAUCCAUAUACGCAUUCAGCGUGGCAUCGUUUUCGCGUACAAUGCUAACAUGGCUCCAGAGCGUAAUGGACGUAAGACUUUGACCACUGUUCAGGGUCUCCCCAAGAAAUUUGACCAGAAGAAGAUUCUUAAGGUCAUCAAGAAGAAGUUUGCCUGCAAUGGCACUAUCGUUAACGACUCCGAGAUGGGAGAGGUGAUCCAGCUUCAGGGUGAUCAGCGCAAAGAUGUUCAGGAAUUUCUCAUCGACAAGAAGGAAGGCCUCGAGCUAGAUGCCAAGACCAUUAAGGUCCAUGGUUUCUAA